GCUCAGAAGGCUUGCCUCUCGUCCCAGGCAGACGGCAAGCCAGCCCCUCCCAGGCACAGCUGGCGGCCCCUUCUCCCCGCGCCUCUCUCGCAUGCUGCCCUUCGAGAAGCAGCUUGCCUCUGCCGCACCAUGACACCCCUAGAAUUCACAAGUCCUGUCCCCAAUCUGUCUGAUGACUUCAGCUAUGACUCCACGUCUUCCAUGGAUGACUAUGAGAACUUCAACUUGCUGGACUUCUACUGUAAGAAAAGCAACGUCAGGCAGUUCGCGAGCCACUUCCUCCCUCCCUUGUACUGGCUGGUGUUCAUCGUGGGCACCGUGGGCAACAGCCUGGUCAUCCUAGUCUACUGGUACUGCACCAGGUUGAAGACCAUGACCGACAUGUUCCUGCUGAAUCUGGCCAUUGCCGACCUCCUCUUUCUGGCCACUCUUCCCUUCUGGGCCAUCGCCGCUGCCGACCAGUGGAAAUUCCAGACCUUCAUGUGCAAAGCGGUCAACAGCAUGUACAAGAUGAACUUCUACAGCUGCGGGCUGCUGAUCAUGUGCAUCAGCGUGGACAGGUACAUCGCCAUCGCCCAGGCCAUGCGGGCGCAGAGCUGGAGGCAGAAGAGGCUUCUGUACAGCAAAAUGGUCUGCAUCGUCGUCUGGGUAAUGGCGGCCGCGCUCUGCAUCCCGGAAGUCCUGUACAGCCAACUCAAGAGGGAUUCCAACGUCACCGUCUGCACCAUGGUGUAUCCUCGUGAUGAGAGCACCAAGCCGAAGUCGGUCGUCUUGACCCUGAAGGUGAUCCUGGGGUUCUUCCUUCCCUUUGUGGUCAUGGCUUGCUGCUACACCAUCAUCAUUCACACGCUGACCCAGGCCAAGAAGUCCUCCAAGCACAAGGCCCUAAAGGUGACCAUCACCGUCCUUACCGUCUUCGUCUUAUCUCAGUUCCCCUACAACUGCAUCCUGUUGGUGCAGACCAUCGACGCCUACGUCAGGUUCAUCUCGAGCUGUGCCCUCUCCAUCAACCUCGACAUCUGCUUUCAGGUCACUCAGACCAUCGCCUUCUUCCACAGCUGCCUGAACCCCGUCCUCUAUGUGUUUGUGGGGGAGAGAUUCCGACGGGAUCUCGUGAAGACCCUGAAGCACCUGGGCUGCAUCACACAGGCCCAGUGGGCCUCCUUUGCCAGACGACAGGGUAGCUUGAAGAUUUCCUCGGUGCUGCUGGAGACAACCUCGGGGGCCCUCUCCCACUGA